ACAGAGCCCGUUCGGCUGAAGCUGGGGCUUGACCUCGACGUCGACCUUCAUAUUUUUCCCCUAGAAUUCGAAGUAGUGACACCCUGCGCAGGAGGGUUGUGAAUUCUUGACCUCGAAUUGCGAGCAUUACUGCGGCGAUGGCGCUCCGAAUGGCAGCGCGCACCCUCGCGCGACGAGGAGCGAUUGCGCAGCAGCAGCUGCAGCUGGGACAAGGCACCCGAGGCUUUGCAACGUCGCAUCCUCAUGCGGAGUGGGAUUACAAAGGACAGCGCCAGAUUGUGCCCGUAGGGCAUAGGGUGCCGAUCGUGGCCGUGGAUGCGUUUGUAGCGCCGAAUGUGGUGCUCGCAGGAGCCGUGGACGUGCAGGAUCGGGCGACGGUGUGGUACGGGUCAGUGCUGCGGGGGGACUUGAACCGUAUCGUGGUAGGGUUUUCGUCGAGUAUCGGGGACAAGUGCGUGCUGCACGCUGCGGGCACCGCCCCUACUGGGCUCUCGGCGGAGACUUUGAUCGGUAAGUACUGCACCAUUGGAGCGUUCAGCACCUUGAGGUCGUGCACCGUGGAGGACGAAGCUGUGGUUGGGAUGCGGUGUGUGUUGUUGGAAGGGUCGCUCGUGGAGAUGAAUUCCAUGUUGGGGUCGGGGUCUGUUCUGCCCCCCGGGCGGCGGGUGCCUGCGGGUGAGCUCUGGGCUGGGAAUCCGGCGAGGUUUGUUAGGAGGCUGACGAAUGACGAGAUUAUGUCCAUUCCCAAGCUGGCUGACGGGUUGCGGGAGCUUGCGCAAGAGCAUUCGCAGGAGUUUUUGCCCUAUGGGACUGCCUAUUUGGAAGUUGAGAAGCUGCGGGAGAAACACUUGUUGGCAAUGUGAGGAGGUUGGUUUACUGCACGUCGGAGUUCUUGGGGGAUUUUUUUAAGGAGUCAGGUUUUAGGGUUUGCGAAUGCGCGUUUGAAGCAUUUCCGGCAUUCAUGUAUCAAGAAGGUAAUGAGAGAGAUUGCCUUUGGUUGACUAGGAUCUCUCCCAAUACAACAACUGAUAUGUGUCAAAACUACCUGCUUCUGUGACGGUGUUUUUUACAAGAGUCUCAUGCCAAACAUCACCUAGUACAUGUGGAGGAAAUGAAGCAUUGAAGGCGAGUUAGUUAUUUACAAUUUGGAAAAUAAAAUAAAGCGGCGUGAACUUGGACUGUCGAUCUGUUGUAGAGGACUUAAUGGGAACUACGUGUCGCACUCA